GACACUUUUAUGUUACGGCAUGGGUUCGGCGUGGUAUGAUUCAAUGUUUGUUGUUAUAGUAUUGUGAUGGUAUUCGAGUGAAGGAAGACCUUUCGAUCAAAGAUAAGUUAGGUUGUGCUAUGUUUUAUGAGAGUCGCUAGCCCUAUGUGUAAAAUAAAGUUGCAAAUUUUUUGUUUUUUUUUGUUUAUGUGUAUUAAACUUAGCUUUGCCACAUUGUCAAAAAGUGAUCGGAAAAGCUAUAAACACGAGAAAAAGACUGUAAAAAUUGAUAGUCAGUAUGCAUCAGAGCAUUCGUACAGGGACCAUAACAUCUUGGACAAAGCAGUUAAUUAUCGUGAUGUUAUUGAAGAACACAAAUCUUUCAGUAUCACCCAAGCUAUGCUACGACGUUUUGAUCAUGAAGUUCUUGGAUAUGUGACACCAUGGAAUAGCCAUGGUUAUGAUGUUGCAAAACUUUUCUCUUCCAAAUUCACGAUGAUAUCUCCUGUUUGGUUUCAGUUGAAACCAAAAGAUUCUCGAGGUGGUAUUUUGAUUGAAGGCCUUCAUGACAUAGAUCAGAAUUGGUUAGCUACACUUAAGCAGUUAAACAAGAAAAUUAAAAUAGUGCCCAGAAUUAUUUUAGAGCAGUGGACCUAUCCUGUUCUGAAAAAAUUAUUGAAGAACAAAGAAGCUGGAAAUAUUAUUAGUUCUGAUCUUAUUACCUUGGCUAAGGAGAAGAAUUUUAAUGGUUAUGUUGUUGAGAUUUGGAGUUUGUUAGGAGGCCAAAUGAAAGCGGAAUUAACAAAUUUGCUUAUAAACUUAGCUACUGCCUUGCAGAAGGAAAACUUAGCUCUUGUUUUGGUUAUCCCACCACCAUCUUACUCUGGUGGCCAGAUUGGCAUAUUUGUGAAACAAGACUUUGAAAAUUUGGCUGAUCAUAUAACUGCCUUUAGUCUCAUGAGCUAUGACUACUCUAGUCCUCAAAGGCCAGGUCCUAACAGUCCUUUACCAUGGCUACUUCAGUGUGUUGAAGAUCUUAUACCAGACAAAUCUAGUCCUUAUCGAAAAAAGUUACUUUUAGGUUUAAACUUUUAUGGAAAUGAUUAUUCUGGAAUGUCGGGCAAACCAAUCAUUGGACAUGAAUAUAUUUCUAUCCUUGAGAAGUAUAAACCGAAAUUUACCUUUAACAAUGUCACUGGUGAACAUUCUUUCACGUACUGGUCUGAAAAUAUUGAGCACCAAGUAUUUUAUCCUACACUUUAUUCCAUUCAACUUCGUCUGCAAUUAGCAAAAGAAUUAGGUGCUGGUAUUGCCAUAUGGGAGAUUGGACAGGGAUUGGAUUAUUUCUAUGACUUGCUCUGAUAGGAAUAAUUUAUAUUAUUAUUAUUAUUGACAAACUAUUUUGUAGGUGCAAAACUUUUCUUUGUGAUAAUUAAAAUAAAAAUAAUUAAAACAAA